AUGGCCAACUUCGCUCCUUACCAAGAUAUUCCAGAGACCACGCGCGCCCUCUCUCCCCCUGCCCUCAAUUCUCCCCGGCUGGCCUCUCCGCGCACCUCGUUCGACCGCACACGCAACAUCGGCACCGCCGCCGUGACUUCGCCCACCAAUGCUCCAUACCAGCAGCGCGAUUACUUUGGCGGCAACGAUCAGCCGGAUCGAGAGCGCGUGGCUUGGAAUGCCCCGGGUGGCUUUGGAGGUCCUAGGGAGGAUGUCGACAUGUUUGAGACGCGGUUGGGCUUGAGGAUGGAUUACGAGGCUUGUCUGGCAUAUCUGCUGCUCCCGCCUGCAGGACCUGUGCUGCUGUUGAUGCUGGAACACAAGAGCGAUUACGUGAGAUUCCACGCCUGGCAGUCGAGUUUGCUGUUCGCUUUCAUCUUCGUGGUACACAUCAUCUUCUCCUGGUCUAGCAUAAUAUCCUGGUUUCUGUUCGCGGGCGAUGUGGCAUUGAUCGGUUUCAUGACCAUGCGCGCCUACAAAGAUGCCGAGAACUUGGACCGAUAUGAAGUCCCCUUCUUCGGGGCCUUGGCCAACUCCAUCCUGGAUGAUGAGUAGACAUCGAACU